AUGCGGCAACAACAAUCUAUUCAUGCUGCAUUUGAUAAGCAACUUAAUCAAGAUAAUCAUGGAUAUGAGAUUCGCUUAGCAACUUCAAUUCGUGUAGUGAGACUUCUUGUGAAACAAGGAUUGGCAUUUCGGGGUCAUGAUGAAUCUAAAGCAUCGCUUAACAGAGAAAUUGUGCUUUCUUGCAUGAUUGAAACAAUUAAGGGUAUCAUAAAGGAAUUAAAUGGUGACUAUUUUUCCUUAUUGGCUGAUGAAUCUUUUGAUGUAUCACGCAAGGAUAAAAUGGCGGUUGUUUUACGAUAUGUUGAUAGAAGGGGAUUUGUGAUGGAGCGACUUCUUGACAUUGUUCAUGUUAAAAAUACUAGUGCUUUAGCUUUAAAAGGUGCAAUUGUCAAUUUACUUUCUCAACAUUCCUUAAGUCUAUCUUGUGUGCGUGGACAAUGCUAUGAUGGAGCAAGUAAUAUGCAAGUGGGAGAACUUGCACAUUUGGUUUCGGAUAUUUUGAAUGUGUUGGCGGCUUCUUAUAAACGUAUGGAUGAUUAUCGAGAAUCUCAAAGGAAAAGAAUUCAAGAGGCUUUAGAAAAGGGCGAGCUUAAAACUGGUAGGGGCUUGCAUCAAGAACUUGGUAUUUCUAGAGUUUGUGAUACUCGUUAG